UCAACUGAAUUCACUGAAUACCAUCACUUCAUAAUUAAAAAUGAAGUUUAGAAGACUGAUCUUUGAUCUAAUAAUUUUAGUCCCUCUUUCAUUUUGUAAAACUUGCAAACAUGGGAAUAAAUUGAAACUGGAUGGACCUGUAGAGUUUCGAGAUGGAGCUUUGGUGCAAAAUGACACGGUUUUCCUGAAAAACGAGUUUUGGAAGGAGGGAGACGAAUACUAUGGAUGCCCGUGCGAAAGCAAAUCUUGCAUAAGACUUUGCCAUAAAGAUUUGGUGGCAAAAGUGGCUGCUGCGUUCAGUAAUAUUAUGACGCUACCCAAGAAAAAAUACAAAAUUGAUGUAUUUCAUGGAGGCGAAUUAAAAACUGUACAUUUGCAUGAGCACUUUAAUGUAAUAGAAGGAGGUGAAUGUGAUGAGGCCAUACUAUUGGAACCAGAGGAGGAGGAAAGCGAUAAGCAUGUGGUUUUAGCAAACGGAUCUCUACAUUUCUCUAAUCUGAGUGAUAAAGAAUUGAAAUCUGUUUAUGGCUUUGAAGAAUAUUGCAUUCUCAAUGAUGAAGAUGGGAAACUUCGCGUUUUGCAAUGCUUCUAUACUGAAACAAAUGGAUUUAAGUUUUACCUUUACCCAGUUUUCAUGAUCGGGUCCGUAAUUUUCCUUUUUCUCACUUUACUUGCAUUCAUCGUCACACCCGAAAUGAAAAAUCUUCAUGGAAAAAGUAUCGCGUGCCAAUCAUUUACUCUAAUGAUGGCUUUCAUUGGCCUUACAGUAACGUAUUUAUCUGGAACCGAUAACCAUAUUGUGGUCUGUAAAAUGUUUGCCUAUAUUGCUUUUUACUUCCUACUCAGCUCAUUCUUUUGGCUAAAUACGAUGUGCUAUGACAUUUUCUGGACUUUUGGAAAUUUCAAGAAAAUGACCGGCUCUUUACAGCAGACGCAUAAAAAAAAGUUUCGCAUGUACGCGCUUUACUCCACAAUCAACCCUCUGAUUGCUGUGCUCCUAGUCAUUAUACUUGACCAUACUGUCAGCGAAAAAUCUUAUUUCUGGCCUGGUAUCGGCUUUAAGAGUUGUUGGUUUCGAUCACACCAUCAGGAAUUUUUAUUCUUCCAAGGACCUGUUCUACUUCUGCUCAUUUUAAACACCGUUUUCAUUUUUGUAGCCUUGGUAAAAAUUACAAAGAUGAAGAACGAAACAGCGGUUCUAAAGAAAGGCGAUAGCAUGACGCACAGGGGAAAGGGUUCCAGGCUGGAAGACAGGCAAAGGCUGGCCUUGUACUUGAAGCUGUUUUUGUUGAUGGGUGGCACGUGGGUGAUGGAGGUGAUUUCGUGGGCGGCCCACAGCAAGCCUGAAUGGUUGUGGGUGCCGUUUGACAUAAUCAACUGUUCCAGGGGAGUUUUGAUUUUUGUCUUCUGCGUCGUCACCAACGUCAAAGUCCGAAAUUCGCUCUUACGUCGUUAUUUGCCAAAGUACGCAAGUGCCGACAUCAAUAGUACAGGGCAACGUUCUUUCCACUCUAAAGCGUCCGCCACUUCUGAUAUUAAUAUGUCAGUGACAAAUGAUGACCCAGCCGCUGCAGUGCCUCUCAAAAAUCUCAGGCAUGAUGAAUCGUCAUUUUAAUUUAAAUAAAUUGCAUGAGUUUUUCAAUGUCAUGUAUAACACUGAUCAUAAAUCAUAACCGAAAUUAAAUCUUAAUUCAUUUUUGUAAAUUAUUUGCAAGAAUUUUAUUAAUAUGAAGUUAUUCAAUCAUACGUAUUCAAUAAAGUUAAAUUUUUUUCAAUCUGAAACACGAUUUGAUGUUUAUUUAAAACAAAAACAAAUACUGUUGAUUCAGCAUCAUACAUAGCCAGAGCGCGCUCUUUGCACUCUGCGAUCUGCGCUCAUUGUGGGCACACAUAAAAUAAUUAAACUUUGUGAAUUGGGCAAAAAUUCCAACAACAAAAUAAUUACAUACAUUUUAUAAUUUGUCCUUUCAGCUCAGUAUUUCUUGAUUAUUACAAUUUUCACAUUUAAGUUUUACGUUUAUAUACUUUUUUCAAAAAUCAAUUUUUAUUAGAGAAAAACAAUAUUUUUCAAGCAGAGCGCGAG